GAGCAACUAAAAGCGUACCAUGUGCUUCUUAGUGCAUUGAAAAGAAAAUGUAAAGUUAACAACUAAACUUUUCCGUCGUUUGAGUUUGAUUUGUAUGGUUUGCUCGAACAUUUUUAGCUAUUUACGAACUACACCCGAUUCGAACUUUCCAGUUAGCAUGUUUGACAAUAACACUAAUUUUAAAAUUAAAGCAUGAUGAUAACUGAUUGAAUUUAGAGAGCGAAUUAUUUAUAAUAAGUUUAUAGACUUUACUUUAAAUUAAAUUUAAAAAUUCUAUAAUGUCUUCUUCUUAUAAAUUAAAAGAAUUCUCCCUGUGGAACGAAGUAUCAGAUGAAGCACUUUAUAAUGCUGCUCCAUGGAAAUUGGAGAAUUUACUUGAGACUUUUCAGAUGAAAAUAGUAUCAAAAAAUGAUGAAACUAUGGAAUUCGAUAUAGCUGGGUUGGGUCCACCAAUAGUGAAUGCAAUAAGACGUAUCCUGAUAGCUGAAGUACCUACUAUGGCAAUAGAUAAAAUUGAAAUGUAUAACAACACAACUAUUUUACCUGAUGAAGUUUUGGCUCAUCGAAUCGGCUUGAUUCCUUUUAAAGUGGAUCCUCGACUGUUUACCGAGAAAGCUCCAGAUGAUGAUCAAGGCACAGAAGAAGAUACAUUGACGUUUGAACUGAAAGUGAAGUGCACUAAAAAGCCUAAUACACCUAAAGAUAUCCUCGUUGUUAAUGAGACCACUUGUAAUCACCCAGUUGUGUAUUCAAGAGACUUUAAAUUUAUCCCCAUCAAGAAUCAGAAAGAAAUGUAUGGGGAUAUUAGACCUGUCUGUGAUGAUAUUAUGAUUUCGAAAAUGAAACCUGGACAUGAAAUUGAUUUGAAAGCCUACUGUUAUAAAAAUAUUGGAAGAGAACAUGCCAAGUUUUCCCCUGUUUCAAUUGCAUCCUAUCGACUUCUCCCUGAGCUUCGACUGCUUGAAGAGAUAUGUGGUGAUAGAGCAUAUAAAUUAGCUAGCUGUUUUCCUAAAGGUGUCAUUAAAAUAUCAAAUAAGAAAGGUAGAGAAGUCGCUAAAGUUGUAAAUUCUCGAAAUAUUACAUGCAGCAGAAAUGUGUUAUGCCAUGAAGAUCUAAAAGAUGCUGUUGAGAUUGUCAAAUUAAAAGAACAUUAUAUUUUUACAGUUGAAACCACUGGAGCUCUUCCUCCUGAGCAACUUGUCAAAGAAGCAAUUAACAUCUUGAAAGAGAAGUGUCGAUGUUUUUUGAAUGAACUCAAAAAAUUGGAAAUGUAGCCAUGUAUAUCAUUCAUUUAUGUACAAUCAUGAAAUGGAUGUAUUUUGAAUACUUUUUAUCCAUGUGCAUUGUUCUAAAUUCGACAAAGUAUUUUAUUCAUGUACCAUACAUUGUAAAUAUAAAGGUAUUGAACAUUUUCUAUGAUUUGUACAUAAUUAAAAUAUUUUUUUGUUUA